UAAAGAAAAAAUGUUGAAGAAAUACUUUGCAAGAAUUUUUAUAGUUCUAUUAGUUUUACAAAUAUUUAAUAUAGAUGUCACAUAUGGAGCUCCAGAACCAAAACCCGGAAAGAAAAAAGCGUUUGGAGUUGGACUCUUAGGUGGUGCUUUAGCUGGUGCAUUUUUAGGUCGUGCUGUGGCCAAUCACCAACAACAGCAGCAGCAGCAACAACAACAACAGCCACAAAUACAACAAGCGAGCCCUAAUACUGAUGUGAAACCUGUAACAACAAUUGAAAGAGGAAAUGUACAGCCAAAUGGUUGUUAUACACAAACACAGACAGAGCCGGAUCCACAAGAUCCACGAAGAUAUAUUAAAACUGUACAAUGGGUAUGUCCACCAGUACCGGCACCAAUACCACCAGCCGCAUUUGCACCUGCUGGUAUGCCUGUACUGCAAUCAGCUCAACCAGUUGCACAUGUACCUGCACCAAUAGCUCCACCAGUUGCAGCAGCACCAGCUGUUCCAUCAGUUCCUUUAGUACCUUUUACACAAGGGCAGCAUGGUCAACCAGCAGCUAUACCAGCUCCAGUUCAACCACCACAACCAGCUCCAGUUGCACCAGUAGCAAAUGUUCAACCAGUUGCAGUUCAAGCUCCAGCAGCACAAAUUCCGGUAGCACAUGCUCCAGCAGCACAGGUUCCAGUUGCACAUGUUCCAGCAGCACAAAUUCCAGUAGCACAUGCUCCAGCAGCACAUGCUCCAGUAGCACAUGUUCCAGCAGCAAAUGCUCCAGCAGCACAGGUUCCAGUUGCACAUGCACCAGCAGCACAUGUUCCUGUUGCGCAAGUACCAGUUGCCCAAGUUCCAGUAGCUGCAGCGGCGCAUACUCCAGUAGCAAAUGUACCAGCAGUACAAAAUUCGCAACAACCUCAGUUACCAGCACAUGUUGUACCUGUAGCUCACAAUCCUGUUGCUGCAGCGCCGAUAGCACCAGCUGCUCUCCCACCAGCAGUACCCGUUGUACCAGUCGUUAGUAUAGGUCAGCAACCUCAAGUACCAGUCGCAGCUGUACCCGCAAAUCCUGCUGCUUCUCCAGGUACGAACCCAAAAGUUGUCGUCAUAUCCAAAGAUUCCGGUUUCUAUAGGAACAACUCUGAUCGUAGAGCCAAACAGGCGGAUAUAGCUCUAAUAUUAUUUUUUGCUGCUUUCGCUUUUUUUUUAUUCUAAACUUUCGGUUUUAUAGCAAUAACUUUGCAGUAUCUGAAAAGUAAAAAUUUUGACAUAUGAAAUCUUAAAAUGCUAUUAAACCGAAAGUUAUAAACUCAAUAGAUGAAGAAUGAUGACGUCAGUUUGACAAAUUAAAAUGUGUUUUGAA